AUGCUGCGGCUUGCUGCCCUGCUGCUUUCGCACUGCGCACUUGCGAGCGCAGAGUACGCCAUCGUCAACAUGAUUCGCCACGGAGAGCGCUUUUCUGACAAGAGCAACAUCCAUCUCGCGCCCGCUGGGUUUCAGCGUGCCGAGUACAUUGCAAAAUGCGUGAGCAACGCCACGUUUACGAUGGCCUUUCCGCUGGGUCCGCCGGACCGGCUGGUUGCAUCUGUGCGGCCGCCAAAUGCGCACGGAGAGGAUGAGUCUGUCCGCCCGCUCGAGACGCUUACGCCGUUGUCGCGAGCGCUGUCUUUGCCAGUCGAGAACACGUUGCGCUACACAAACGUCGAUGGAUUCGUGGACCGUCUGCAGAAGCUGGCCGCAGGCGAGACCAUGUGCGUCGCGUGGCAGCACAGCUUUCUGGACUCGUUUGUCCGCAGAUUGGGUUUGGAGGGCCUGGCGCCCGCCUCGUGGCCGCGCUCCUGCAACUACACCGGCCCGUGGGCUGAGCCCGACUAUGCGAUGGACGUGACCGAGGGCAACUGCUACGACCUCAUCUGGCAGCUCCUCCUCUUCCGGGAGGGGCCGGCGCACAGGUGGCGCAGCACAGCCUUCUCGCAGAUGCACAUGGGCUUCCGGGGAGCCGGGGACGGCCCGUGUGUCGAGGCCUUCUCCCCAGGCUCUGCACCGGGCAUGUGGGGUCGUGCGGCUCCAAUCGCGGCCGCCGCCGAUAGCACGCCUCGCCACGCGUUGUCGCCCGCCCCGGUGGUUUUUCGGUGGGUGGCGGGGUGGGUGGUGGGGCUUGGCGGGGCUGCGAUGGCGUUGAUAGCAGUGGCUCGGCGUGGCUGCAAGACGAUGGCGUGGCGGUCGGGGAAGACUGUUCGGAUCGUCAAUGAGGCGGAGUCUUCAGAGGCUCCCUACCACGCGGUUACGUAG